GCUCUGCGACUUGUUGCAUAUCAUAUGUACAUGCAUUGAUAGAUCUUGUUGCAUUCAUUGGAUGUACACGUGAUUCAUUAGGUAUUUGUGCUAGCAGUUCAGGUGGGAUAGCUGGACUUCUCCUUUGGAAAGAAAAUGAUGGAAAUUGGGAAAAUUGCUCAGCCAGCAGCAAUGGAAAGAGGAUACCUGGCUCUAUUGAUGAUACCACACAUCAGUUUAGGUCAAUGGGUGCAAGAUACAUAUUAGUGGUGGAGAAAGACGCUGUGUUUACUUAUCUUUGCGGUCAACGUAUUUGGGACAGUCUUCCCUGUAUUUUAAUGACUGGGUGUGGCUAUCCAUCGCUGAGCGUUCGUGCACUAUUAAAGCAACUCCAGACCCAGUUUGAUCUCCCAGUACUUGGUCUCUUUGAUUAUAACCCUCAUGGUCUUAGGAUACUAUUAACCUAUCGAUAUGGCUCAGUAAGAAUGGGCACAGAAAGCUAUGCAUAUGCUGUGGACAUUCAUUGGUUAGGGGUCCAUUACAAGGACUUAUUUGAAGAUGACGGGAGUCCAAAGGUGUCUCCAUCGUCUCUACAAACAUGGACAGCAUCUGACCAAAGAGUGAGCAAUGGUUUGAAAUCAAGACUGCAACACUGCACAGGCGUUCCAGACUACAUACGUGAGUUAGAGAUUAUGGAAAGGAAAGAAACUAAAGCUGAAAUUGAAGCACUUAAUGGGCAUGGAGCUGCUGGCGGAGGCAUGGACACGCUGGAGAGCAAAAUCAUCCACAAAAUAUUGUGCAAAAAAUAUUACUGAAAAAAUGAUUGAGCACUGACU